AUGGACAUGGACAUGGAGGACACGGACGAGGGCCAUGGCCUUCCCACCCGCCGAGCAAUCAUAAUAAUCACGGUCCCAAAUCAAGACCUCCCCACAAGCGCGACCACUCCGCUGCAUUUAAUAAACCCCAGUCCACCGCGCCGCGAACUCCAGCAGCACCCGCAGUCCCAAGUUUCGGCAACCCAUUACCAUGCAAACCGCCCCCCCGCAGCAGAUGUGAAUGCGAACGCGACUCGGAAACCGAAGAAGCGCAAGCGAAAACACAAUCAACUCGGCCUAACCCCCAAGACGGAGGACCACGAGUCCAGCGAGGACGAAGAAGACGCGGAUGAAGAAUCAAAGUUAGCGCAAGGUGGUGCCGGCGGCUCCGAAUCCGCCCCGCUCCAAUUCUCCUACAAAGGACGAACAGCUACCUUGCAAUCAUCCGCAGAUAUCGCAGCGUGGAUCGCAGAGCGGCGGAAGAAAUUCCCCACCGCGGAACGUGUCGAGGAGAAGAAGAAGGUUGCACAGGAAGCCAAGGAUGCGCGUGACGCAGUCCGGCGCGAGAAAAUGAACGAACGGGCGAAAAUGAAUGGGAAGGCUGCCGCGGCGGGGGCGGGCGAUAAUAACAAAGACAACAAAGAGAAGUCAAAGGGAAUUCAAAAGCCUGCCGCGGAUAACCUUAAUGCAGACCCGGCAUUGGAUGCCGCGAUGAAAGCGCAGCGCAAGGCCGAUAAGAUUCGGCGUAAUCUGGACCGCGAGCAGAAGCGCUUUGCUAAAGCGGAAGCUGAAGCCGAAGCUGCUCGUCUCAAGGUCGCCGCUCUACAGAAACAACUGGGAUCGGAUCAAAAUCCCAUGCAGAAGGACGUCGGUGGCGACGAGAAUGGGACUGGUACUGAUGGCCACGUUGUUGCCGGACCGAAUGUCGACAUGCUACCCGAGCUAGAGAUAGCUGAAGCCUCGGAUCCCAUGACCAUCGAUCUGACGGACAAGCCUUUGGAGCCGGGUGCUUUGACCGCCGCCGCUAAACCUGUUCCUACGGGGGUGGGCUUGGGAACUAUUGACGUGGCUGAUCAGGUGGAUGGACCCAUGGAUCUCGUGUCCGAGGCUGAAGCUUCGAGACAUGGGAGCGACUGGACCUCAUCUAGUGGCUCCGAGUCGAGCUUAGACUCGGAUCGUGAUAGCGGGAGUGAAAGUGAAAGUGACAGCGAUAGCGACAGUGACGGCGACUCCGCUCCCGAGCAGGCGAGCAGCCGACGACAGGGACCCGAGAAGGUUCUUCCGCCACCUCGCGAAGGCAAGAAGCAAUUGUGCCGGCACUUUGCUCGCAGCGGGAAGUGUAAUCGCGGAGAUCAAUGCAGUUUCUCACAUGACGUGGGCGAACGACGAAAAGCGAAGCCGGAAAAGAAGGAGAAGGGGCGCAAGGGACUUCUCUCUGCUGUGAGUACCCCAGACCCCGCCGGGAACCCCCCCCUACACUACAAACGAUAUACUAACAAGUACUUUCUACAGCUACUGGACCGGCAAAAGGAAGACGAGGAUCGGCGGGCAAUGGAAGUCAUUGCCUGGCUGGGAGAAAAUGGUCUUUUGGAAGAGCCGAAAGGUUCAACCUGUGGAACUGGAACUGGGACCAUCGGGACAGACGCCCCGCAAUCGGAUAUCCCUAUUUAG